CGCGAUCUUUGUGUUAGCUCUUGGUCUCCUCGACUGAAAAAAAUAUUCAUUGUAUAAUACGGAACUUUUGUUUAAGAAUAAAAAUUGCUACUGUACGUGGAGGAUAACAAAUUAAAAUGGAAGACGGUCACGCGAAAACCGUCGAACAAUGUCUUAAUUUCUAUGGCACAGACGCUGAGCGUGGGCUAACCGUUGAUCAGAUCAAGACCAACCAAAAGAAAUACGGACCAAAUGAGUUGCCAACUGAGGAAGGAAAAACUAUUUGGCAAUUAGUCUUAGAGCAGUUCGACGAUCUUCUGGUGAAGAUUUUGCUUUUGGCAGCCAUUAUUUCAUUUGUAUUAGCACUAUUUGAAGAACACGAAGAUACGUUCACCGCAUUUGUAGAGCCCUUAGUUAUUUUACUUAUUCUGAUAGCAAAUGCUGUGGUCGGUGUUUGGCAGGAGAGAAAUGCCGAGUCCGCAAUUGAAGCUCUAAAGGAAUAUGAGCCAGAAAUGGGCAAAGUGGUACGUCAGGACAAGUCUGGAAUUCAGAAAGUUAGAGCGAAAGAGAUUGUGCCAGGAGACUUGGUCGAAGUGUCUGUAGGUGAUAAGAUCCCGGCCGAUAUUCGCAUCACUCACAUUUACUCAACCACAUUGAGAAUUGAUCAGUCCAUUCUUACCGGUGAGUCUGUGUCUGUCAUUAAGCACACCGAUGCCAUCCCAGAUCCACGCGCUGUCAAUCAGGACAAAAAAAACAUUCUGUUCUCCGGCACUAAUGUGGCCGCUGGCAAAGCACGUGGUGUUGUUAUUGGCACUGGCCUGUCCACCGCCAUUGGUAAGAUCCGUACUGAGAUGUCUGAGACUGAGGAAAUCAAGACACCACUGCAGCAAAAAUUAGAUGAGUUUGGAGAGCAGCUGUCGAAGGUGAUUUCCAUUAUUUGCGUUGCUGUUUGGGCCAUUAACAUUGGGCACUUUAACGAUCCCGCUCAUGGCGGUUCUUGGAUCAAGGGCGCCAUUUACUACUUCAAAAUUGCUGUUGCUUUAGCUGUGGCCGCCAUUCCCGAAGGUCUGCCCGCUGUCAUCACCACUUGCUUAGCUUUGGGCACACGUCGUAUGGCCAAGAAAAAUGCUAUUGUGCGCUCCCUGCCAUCAGUCGAGACCUUGGGCUGCACAUCCGUCAUCUGCUCCGAUAAGACCGGCACACUUACCACCAAUCAAAUGUCUGUCUCGCGGAUGUUUAUCUUUGACAAAGUCGAGGGCAGCGACAGCAGCUUCACUGAAUUCGAAUUGACGGGUUCCACCUAUGAACCUAUUGGUGAGCUGUUCCUGGGCGGCCAGCGCGUUAAGGCUAGCGACUACGAUGCUCUACAAGAACUGUCAACCAUCUGCAUCAUGUGCAAUGACUCUGCCAUUGAUUAUAACGAGUUUAAGCAGGCUUUCGAGAAGGUCGGUGAGGCCACUGAGACUGCACUAAUUGUGCUUGCCGAGAAGUUGAACUCCUUCAACGUAAACAAGUCAGGACUUGAUCGCCGCUCAGCUGCUAUUGCCUGCCGUGGCGAGAUUGAAACCAAAUGGAAGAAGGAGUUCACUUUAGAAUUCUCCCGCGAUCGUAAAUCCAUGUCUUCCUACUGCACUCCACUGAAGGCCUCUCGCCUUGGCACUGGCCCCAAACUGUUUGUUAAAGGCGCUCCUGAAGGUGUGUUGGAGCGGUGCACACAUGCUCGCGUUGGCACCUCCAAGGUACCACUGACUUCCGCACUGAAAUCAAAGAUUCUGGCCCUUACCGGACAGUAUGGUACCGGACGUGACACACUUCGUUGCUUGGCACUUGCCGUUGCCGAUAGCCCCAUGCGUCCUGAGGAAAUGGAUCUGGGCGACUCUACAAAGUUCUAUCAGUAUGAGGUGAAUCUGACUUUUGUCGGUGUUGUGGGCAUGUUGGAUCCUCCACGCAAGGAGGUGUUUGAUUCAAUUGUGCGCUGUCGUGCUGCUGGCAUUCGUGUCAUUGUCAUCACUGGUGACAACAAGGCCACCGCUGAAGCUAUCUGCCGUCGCAUUGGCGUCUUCACUGAGGAUGAAGAUACCACUGGCAAAUCCUAUUCAGGUCGUGAAUUUGAUGAUCUCUCGCCUGCUGAGCAGAAGGCUGCCGUUGCACGCUCUCGAUUGUUCUCGCGCGUGGAACCUCAGCACAAGUCGAAGAUUGUUGAGUUCUUGCAAGGCAUGAAUGAAAUCUCUGCUAUGACUGGUGAUGGUGUCAACGAUGCUCCAGCUCUGAAGAAGGCUGAGAUUGGUAUUGCCAUGGGCUCUGGUACUGCCGUCGCCAAAUCUGCCGCCGAGAUGGUCUUGGCUGAUGAUAACUUCUCUUCAAUUGUGUCUGCUGUAGAAGAGGGUCGCGCUAUCUAUAACAACAUGAAACAGUUUAUCCGUUAUUUGAUUUCCUCCAACAUUGGUGAAGUGGUUUCUAUUUUUCUGACUGCUGCUCUUGGAUUGCCCGAAGCUUUGAUUCCAGUUCAGCUCCUAUGGGUCAACUUGGUUACGGAUGGUCUUCCAGCUACAGCCCUUGGCUUCAAUCCUCCCGACUUGGACAUCAUGGAAAAACCACCCAGGAAGGCAGAUGAAGGAUUAAUUUCCGGCUGGCUCUUCUUCCGUUACAUGGCUAUUGGUUUCUAUGUGGGCGCUGCUACAGUAGGUGCCGCUGCUUGGUGGUUUAUCUUCUCAGCAGAGGGACCACAUCUUACAUACUGGCAACUCACGCAUCAUCUGUCGUGUCUGGGCGGUGGCGAUGAAUUCAAGGGUGUUGACUGUAAAAUCUUUAGUGAUCCACAUGCCAUGACCAUGGCUCUGUCCGUGCUGGUCACAAUUGAAAUGUUGAAUGCCAUGAACAGCUUAUCCGAGAAUCAAUCUUUAAUAACAAUGCCACCAUGGUGCAACUUGUGGUUGAUUGGCUCAAUGGCCCUUUCCUUCACUCUUCACUUUGUUAUUCUUUAUGUUGAUGUUCUCUCUACCGUCUUCCAAGUGACACCGUUGUCUGCAGAGGAAUGGAUAACUGUGAUGAAAUUCUCUAUUCCUGUAGUUUUAUUAGAUGAAACAUUGAAGUUUGUUGCUAGAAAAAUCGCAGAUGGUGAGAGUCCUAUAUAUAAGAUGCAUGGGAUUGUGUUAAUGUGGGCUGUUUUCUUUGGCCUGCUCUACGCUAUGAUGCUUUAAAAAUUAUAUAUAAUUAUAAAUUCAUAAGCCCAAACAUCAUCUAAUUAACUAGCAUAAAUAUGUUACUAAAUAUAAAUGCAAAAAAUAAGAAAACGAAAAGAAAAUACCUAAAGUAACGACUCAAACCCUCAUCUAGAUUUGUUUCCGAUUACAUAUACACACUACUAAAAAACAAAACAAAAAAA